UUAUAUAUUGUAGGUUGUUUUGCCUUUUGGAAAAAUCAAUGUAUUUUGAGACAGGGACCUUUUUUAUGACUUUUUAUUAUGCUUAUGCUCAUGAACAGCUUUAAUAAGGUUUUAUAAAUGUACUGGUGCUACUAAGCUUAGCACUGUGCUCACAAUCUCGAAUUCUGAGUCUACAUCUUUGUAGCAUUGGAAAGUGAAGCCUGGAGAGUGAGAAUAAGGACUGUAUCUGGAUGCUUUCCCUCAAGUGUCAGGCAAGACACUAUUUACGCUGUGCUGUUGAAGUCUGUCUUUAUUUGGUUGCAAUCAGCUCAGGACAAGGUCACCAUAUUUAGCCUGCUGUCUGUCGGUCUCUCCUCUGCAAGUCUAUCUCUGCUGUUGUCUUAAGUAGUUUGUGCAAGUGUAGAUCCUUUUUCUGAAAAUGUGACAGGACACAAACUUAGUGGAGCAACAUUUAACUACUCAGUAUAAAGCUUUCUUUGCCCAUCUUGGUCAAUACUGUUGACACAGCUGUUCUGAUUUAUUUGUCUGUGUGUUUAUUUAUGAAUCUUCAUCUUGGGCUCUGUGACUUCCCUUGCUAACAACUAUAACCCUUUGUUCUUGAAUUCUGUUAUGUGCUUGAAACUAUUUGCAUUAUCCUGGUUUAUUGGUUAUUUCUUCAUAUUGUGACCCAAUUCUGUUCCUUUGUGAAAAGUGCAUUGAAAUACGUCCUUCCUGUUAUCCGCACAGUAGGCAAGCAGGGGAUAUUUUUCAGCAUUCAAACUGCGAUAAAAACUUGGACGUGGUCACUUCCCAUCCAGAUCAGGGUUGACUGAGAGCGCUUUUGAGUUUCCCACUUUAUAACCGGGUGUAUAGCCUGUCUUUCUAAAGCUUUCCCAUUGGGAGAGCCCAGCUACAUACUGGGUAGCUCUUUAGUCCUGUGCGCUAGCUGGAGGACAGACUUGGACAUAGUGCAAAAUUGUACAAGCUGGACAGGAGCUGUCCCCCAGUGUACCAUGGUUUUUUUGUUAAUGCCAGCAUAGACUCUUUGCUGAGGGCAAGUGUCCGAACUCCGUCUUCCUCCCAGCGGCAUCAGCAUGGCGGCCAGGCGGCAGGCAGGGCUUAAGCUCAGAAUAACAGAUGGUCAUGGGGAGACCUUGCUGCUUCUCAGCAAUGUGUCUUUACACAGAAAUAAACGGCUAAGUGGUGUGGGGCUGGGGGGGAUGCUGUCAGACACAAUUAUGUUGUGACAUGCUAGGGCGAGGAGUGUAUUUUGGAAUGGAUUCUAGGAAGGCAAUGGUCUUGUCAGCAAGACCCCUUUACUCCCUUACCCCUUUUUUUGGCUUACAAAGGCAUAAUGUCUUUGAAAUAAGCUCUAUGUAUAGAAAAUCUUACUAGUUUUAUCAGUUCUGCCAUUUUCAAAGUGUGGUCUGCCAGCUGUCAAUACAUACACCAUGUUGUUUUUAAAUGACAGUUUUAAAUUUAAUUGGAACAGUUGUAAGUUCAUUUUUAUCCUCAUCUUGUUGGUUAAUGAAAAAAUGUUUGUGGAACAUUGUAAUGAUUAGUAUUAAAUGCCUGGCCUUCAAAUGAUACCUAUAUACACGUACAAAACUAAUCUGAAUGUUGUAUUCGUGCAGCACAUGCAAUUCACUACUCUGACAUGGAAUGGGAAAUGCAGUCAUAGCCUCUGCUGAAAUACAUAAUGCUUAUUUGCACAUAAUUAUUUACAUUUAUUUUAAACACCUGUAAAUUAUCGAUUAGUGUUGUUUAUAUACCUGUACUACUUCAGUCUAGUUUUACACCACCUGCUAAAUGACUGCCAUUUGGCUGCCCCUUUUAUGUGGAGUGACUGUAAAGUGAACCUUGAGUGUUGAACUUUGUUCCAAGACAUAAUAGAACAACAUGCUUAAUUCCUAUUUAGCUUUUAUUUAUUUUUUAUGAGGAAAUCAUCCUGAGGAUAUUGAAUGACUGAGGGUGCUUCAGUUAAAGGCUCCUUUCUUUCAGUUUCCUUCAAAAAAGAGGGUUUUAUUUUCACAUCAUGUAUUCCUAUGAACCUGACCCAUUGCUAUCUAGAAAUACACAGUUAGCUUUAUCAAAUUGUCCUGAGCAUACUUGUGCUUCGCAUCAUGGGAAAACUGAGUUACCCCUCAAGGGCACAAGAGAAGUUUGGCUUUAGGACAGCAAGGUCCGAGCAGUCAAGAAGAGCCAAGCCCAGUCUGGGGACAGUGACAUUCUUUCAGCAGCAGAAUGGUUUUUCUUUUGCUGCCUUCGAUGUCUCCUUUUUCCACCGGCUAAGAGGUGUUUGUUGGCUCAUCUUCAUGGCCUCAGACAGCAAGGCUCACACUAAGCAGGAGUCUUGGCGCACCGAGAUUGGGCUCUAAGCUGAGAUGUCAUGGCCGCUUGAGGUCCUUCAAACGUACUUCAUAGUGCUUAUGGUCUUCAGCACACUCAAAGCCACACAGGAAGGAGAAUGACUACAUCACAUAUGAACGGGCACCUGACAGAUGAAUCCGAUGGGGAAGGAGGAGAGACAGGCGAAGAUGUGGGUGUGGCAGUGAGCAAUGUAGAGCCUCAGUGGCACAUUGAGGUUGCCGUGGAGUGCCCCAGGGACCUGGGGGUCCGUACACCACCCAUACGUUGCAGCACAAAGCUGGAGAAAAUCCUUCAGCACCAGGAAGGAUUGAGGAAAAAGAGGGAGGAGGAAAUGCGCAUAAAGCAGCAGCUGGACCUCAAUGCCUCCAUGCGUCUGAAGAAGCUCUCACAGAAUGCCAAGGUUGGCAUUGAUAACCCCAUCUUUGAUGCUAUAGAUGGGACUGGGUCAACUAAAGAGGUGUUCCACUGUGCAAGAGGAGCACCGCCAGUGCUGGAGCUGGAGGACCUGCUGACCUCCCUGAAGCAGGCACAGAGUUGCUUAGCAGAUGAGCAGAGCCAGGAGGACCUAGAGGUGGUUCUGCAGCUUGUUGAAGCGGAUAAUUUUCAGAGUGCUGUCCGAAUCCACAAUGCUGUGGCAUUGCACGCAACCUGCCUGGGUCCACCCUUUCCGCUCACAGCUCAGGCUCAGGACCUGGCUCAGGAGGUACAGACCAUGUUGCGGUCCAGUGAACAGGAAGAGGGCUUGGAGCUGAAUGCCCUGCUGUCUUCACCACACCUCCAGGCACUGAUGCAGGCCCAUGAUAGCGUGGCGGAACAGAACAUGCAUCCAGAGCCUAUGGUUCCCCAGGAGGGAGCUGAAGAGGUCUUCAAGCAAUACAGGGGUGAAACUGUCAAGUUGGUGCGCCUGGAGAAGGCGAAGGACAUUCCACUGGGUGCCACAGUGCGGAAUGACAUGGAUGGAGUGUUCAUCAGCCGCAUUGUAAAGGGUGGGGCAGCCGAGAGGAGUGGACUGCUACACGAGGGCGAUGAGAUCCUGGAGAUAAAUGGUACAGAGAUCCGUGGGAAGGACAUCAAUGAAGUCUUCGAUAUCCUGGCUGACAUGCACGGUACCCUGACCUUCGUCCUCAUCCCCAGUCCACAAAACAGGGUGUCAUUCCACAAAGAGAAUGUGAUGCACAUCAAGGCACACUUUGACUACGACCCCUCAGAUGACCCUUACGUGCCCUGCCGUGAGUUGGGACUCUCUUUCCGGAAGGGAGACAUUCUGCACGUCAUCAGCCAGGACGAUCCUAACUGGUGGCAGGCCUACCGAGACGGCGAUGAGGACAACCAGCCGCUCGCUGGCCUGAUCCCAGGGAGGAGCUUCCAGCAGCAGAGGGAGGCAAUGAAACAUACCACAGAGGAUGAGAAAGUGCCCGAGCGAGCCGGAAAGCUCUGGCAAGUGAAGAAGAGCAGGAAGAAAAAAAAGGUGAUCUCCAAUGCCCACAAGAUCGAAGUGCAUGAAAAUGAGGACAUCCACACCUAUGAGGAAAUGGCCUUGUACCAUCAGCCAGCUACUUGCAAACGGCCCAUCGCCCUGAUCGGUCCUCCAAACUGCGGGCACAAUGAGCUGAGGCAGAGACUUCUCUCCAGCGAUCCACAGAGAUUCAGCAUUGCUGUUCCACACACAACACGUGCCCGGCGAGACACUGAGAUGAAUGGACGAGAUUAUCACUUUGUCUCCCGACAAGAGUUUGAGGCGGACGUGGCAGCGAGAAAGUUCAUUGAGUCGGGCGAGUUUGAAAAGAACCUGUAUGGCACCAGUGUCGACUCGGUCCAGCAUGUCAUUAACGUGGGCAAGAUCUGCCUGCUGUGUCUGCACACUAAGUCACUGAAGGUGUUACGAAGCUCCCAGCUCAAGCCCUACAUAAUCUUCAUCGCCCCUCCCUCCCUGGAGCGAUUACGCACCCUGCUGGCCAAAGAGGGCAAGAACCCCAAGCCAGAGGAACUGAGGGACAUCGUAGAAAAGGCCCGCGAGAUGGAGCAGAAGUUCGGCCACCUGUUUGAUAGCACUGUUGCCAACGGAGACCCGGACAAGGCCUUCCAGGAGCUUCUGCGACUCAUCAACAAGCUGGACACAGAGCCGCAGUGGGUGCCUGCAUCCUGGCUGCUAUGAGCAGAAAGGCAAAGACCACGGAGGAGCAUUGGGGUUAGGCUGGAGGCACUUCAACCUCAAAUCUAUGAUUCCUCUUCGGGAAAAUAAAGCAGCUCUUUCGUGCUGAGGUUUCAGACAACGAGAUUCAGAGAGAAGGGAGAAACUGUUCUUGGAAAGUCAUUUUCAUUUCACAUAAAGGGCUGGAUGACUGCACCACAGGUUUUUUGUUUGUUUUUUUUUUUU